CCGGCGAACGGUCACACUUGCCAUCUCCCUUUCACCUAGUUUUGGACACAUAAUUAAUCCGGCGACACCCACUACCCACUGCCCUCCAGUGAGACCCAUCCCAGCCAGCCAGUGGCCAGUCAGUCCACUCCGUUGCCAAGACAGCAGACCACAGUGCAGCGGCAUCAGUUGCAGUAGCAGAAGGGAGGCGUAAGCAGCGGCAAACACUCAACCCGAAGAGAUGGCGCUGCCCUCAAUCUCAACGAUGCUGGGCGUGGCAUUCCUGGCCUACAUCCUGCACUCCAUCUACCAGAUGUCGCAGCUCUUCACGACGCUGCAGUGCAGCGAUUUGCCCUGCUACACCUCCUUCCUGGCGGAGCGGCCGCGCCUCCAGCUGGCCCUGUUCUCCUCGCUCAGCCGCAAUCCCAUCGCCUCCGAGGUGCGGGAUCUGUACAAGGCGGAGCGGUUCGACUACCACGAGAACUUUGCCCAUGACUUUGAAGUGGAGAUCCCACUGAAGACGCGACGCAAUGGCUCGCUCUAUUUCCAUGUGGUGUUGGCGUUGGAGGGAGAGCCCCUGGAGUGGCGGAGCCUGCGGCGCGAUGGUCCCACCGUGGUGCACACGCUCAGCUUGACGGACUACAUGGUGCCCAAGGCGGAGGCCUUUAAUCUGUUGGGAGAAUCGUCGGCCACCAACGAGAAAUCUAAGACGAAGGGCGGUACUGGUGUUCCUGCUGAGAAUAAGGCUAAGGCUAAGCCCAGUGGUCGUCCUAGCACCCACAUCCGCUCAAAUGUGUAUGUAACCCUGCUCACCGAUAUGUUUUCCGUUUCGCAAGAAGAUGUCCCACCGGAACUGGCGCCCCUAAUACGUGUGAAUCGAAUGCAACAGAUCCUGCCGAUCCUGCAAACGGAUACGUUCAACACGCGCCUCAAGGACCUAGUGCCAGUGACCCGUAACACCACCGAGUUUACAUUCAGCUUCCACUACAAGCCUAUCGGCGUCGGAAAGCUCCGGUUGAUGCUGCUCAUGGAGCACGCCACGCAAGCACUGCUGACCAUUGGAUUUGCCACCAAGGACAUUGAUGAGGUCAAGGGUGUGUUCUCCGAUACCAAUGUCUACCUGCUGUGCGGUACCAUCUUCGUCUCGAGCAUUCAUAUGCUCUUCGAUUUCCUGAGCUUUAAGAACGACGUGGCCUUCUGGCGCAAGAAGCAGUCGUACGAGGGUCUGUCCAGCCGCACCACCAUGUGGAGGGCCUUCUCCGAGAUCGUCAUCUUUCUGUAUCUGCUGGACGAGCACACAUCGUAUCUGGUACUGGUCCCCGUCGGCCUGGGCACCCUCAUCGAGCUGUGGAAGUGUAAGAAAAUUAUGCGUUUCAGUUUUAGCGGAUUGAUUGGACGCAGGCUGGACGAAGUGGAUCGAAGGAAUGGCAAGGAGCCAGAGUCACCGUCGUCAUCGGUGGCCGAGCAGCAAACGAAUCACUUCGAUCGCGAGGGCAUGCGGUAUCUGAGCUAUCUGCUGUAUCCCCUGUGCCUGGGCGGAGCCGUUUACUCGCUGAUCUAUCAGCCGCACCGCUCGUGGUACUCCUGGACGGUCAACUCGCUGGUCAAUGGUGUCUAUGCCUUUGGCUUCCUGUUCAUGCUGCCGCAGCUGUUCGUCAACUACAAGCUCAAGUCGGUGGCCGCUCUGCCGUGGCGUGCGUUUAUGUACAAGGCGUUCAAUACGUUCAUUGAUGACUUCUUUGCCUUCAUCAUCACCAUGCCGACGGCACACAGAGUGGCAUGUUUGCGCGACGAUAUUGUGUUCAUUAUUUACCUGUAUCAGCGCUGGCUGUAUCCGGUGGACAAGAGCCGUCUGGACACGGGCAUGCAUAUGGAGCAGACAUCGCAGGAGGCGACGGCGGCCAGCAAUCGGAAGAAGCGAAAUUAGGCUUAGCAGAGGCACAAGAUAACUUACAUACCAUUCCGUCUAUAGGCCCCCAGCAUGCCCAAGUCAUUCCACGAUCUGAUAUUAUAUGUUUGUAUGCUGAACCCUAAAGAUCUCGAAGUUUGAAGACCCAUGUCCCAGGAAAAUGCAGCCAAAAGGUGAUUUAAAGUGGUUCUUAAAGCCAGAAAAAUCUUUAAUGCUGGCAAAAACCUAUUUUUUAAGUAAAAAUUAAAUUCAACUUGGCUGAUAAUUCUCUGCCAAAGUUAACGAAGGUCAUAAGGUUACAGCCUGUUGACUGUUUUAUGUAAAAAUGUUAAAAAAGAAACGAGUUAAUUGAGUUAAAUCAACGGGUAUAAU